UAGCAGGCCCAACGCCCAAACAGGACUAUGCAUAACGGGCCUAGAGUACCACCUAUUAGCCCAAGCUGAAGGAGCAUCGGUACAAGCAUACCCACGUGACCAGCACCACGUGGGCCAAUAGGCUGCUUACACGUGUAGAUGUAUGUCAGCACCAAGGGGCUAUAAAUACCCCCCAACUACCUCCGAUGAAGGUGUAGAAGCAGCUGAGGACUUCAACAGUGUUGGGCUGUGAAGCUGCCGAAACAUUGGCGCCGUCUGUGGGAAAUCGAACAAAAAGCUGUGUGACUUAACCUGCUGAAAGACAAAAUGGUCCGUACCUUUACAGGAGGACGCCCUCCAAGAAAUGAAAUAGACGAACAGGAGGACGAUCACGUAUCUGAGGCCGACUUGAAUGACUUUAGGCCGAUGCCAAGAAAUCUUUUUGUAGGAGGAGCCGAACAGGAUCACCUAAGUGAGACGGAUGAUGAAAGAACACCAACUGGCGUGAACGACCUGAAAGGUCAACAGAACCUGCUCGGACAACCGAGCUCGAAGAGAGAACCAGGGUUCUCGAAAUGGCAAUGGGAAGAAUCCUUGCCCGCUUAAUCCCUGAUGACCCCCUGAUU